AUGUCCAGUGAACUUGAAAAUAAAGUAGAAGCGUUGUCGGUGGAGGGUGACAAGCCUCAGGUCCCUGCUUCCAAACCUGUUAAAUCGGCUGAUGCUAAGGCUCCUAAAAGGGACCCUUUAUUGUUGCACCCUCAACCCGAUUUCAUUGACUCACGUAUCAAGAUGUUCGAUGAAUUGAAGGCCCAGUACGAUGAGAAAAUCAGCACAAAGGAACGUAAGGACAUCAAAAUCACCUUGAAAGAUGGUUCCAUCAGAAUCGGAAAGGCGUACGAAACCAGCCCAAUCGACAUUGCCAAUGACAUUGGAAAGUCUUUCAGUGAAAGACAAGUUAUUGCCAAAAUUAAUGGUCAGUUAUGGGACUUAAGUAGACCUUUGGAAGAUGAUGUCGCGUUGGAGUUCUUGGAUUUCGACCAUCCCGAAGGUAAACAGGUGUUCUGGCACUCUUCUGCUCACGUUUUGGGAGAAGCUUGUGAAUGCCACUUGGGAAGUCAUUUGUCAUAUGGUCCACCAACCAGCGAUGGAUUUUUCUACGACAUGUCUAUCAACAACGGAGAAGGGGUUGUUUCCCAAGCUGAUUUCGCCAACUUGGAAAAAGUUGCUACCAAGGGUAUUAAGGAAAAGCAGAAGUUUGUUAGGUUAGAAAUGACUAAAGAACAAUUAUUGGAAAUGUUCGCCUACAACAAAUACAAGGUGCAGUUUAUCCAAGAAAAAGUCCCGGAUGGCACUUCCACUACUGUGUACAGAUGUGGGCCAUUGAUUGACUUGUGCUUGGGUCCUCAUAUUCCACACACAGGUAGAAUUAAAGCUUUCAAAGUGUUGAAGUCCUCAUCUUCAUACUUUUUGGGUGAUUCUGCCAACGACUCUUUGCAAAGAGUGUACGGUGUUUCUUUCCCUGACAAGAAGUUGAUGACUGAGCACUUGCAGUUUUUGAAAGAAGCCAGUGAAAGAGAUCAUAGAAAGAUUGGUAAAGAACAAGAAUUGUUCCUUUUCCAUGAAAUGUCUCCAGGUAGUGCGUUCUGGUUGCCUCACGGUGCCAGAAUCUACAAUGGUUUGUGUGAAAUGCUCAGAAGUGAAUACAGACAAAGAGGUUUUGAAGAAGUCAUCACUCCAAACAUGUACAACUCCAAGUUGUGGGAAACUUCUGGUCAUUGGGGCAACUACAAAGAAAACAUGUUCACCUUCGAUGUGGAAAAGGACACCUUUGGUUUAAAACCAAUGAACUGUCCUGGUCAUUGUCUUAUGUUCAAGUCUAGAGAAAGAUCUUAUAGAGAAUUACCUUGGCGUGUUGCUGACUUUGGUGUGAUUCACAGAAAUGAAUUUAGCGGUGCAUUAUCUGGUUUGACUAGAGUCCGUCGUUUCCAACAAGAUGAUGCCCAUAUUUUCUGUACUGAAGAUCAAAUCGAACAAGAAAUCAAGGGUUGUUUUGAAUUCUUGAACAGAGUUUAUGGUAUCUUUGGUUUCGAAUUCGAAAUGAAAUUAAGUACCAGACCUGACAAAUAUGUGGGAGAAUUAGAAACCUGGAACAAGGCUGAAGCCAAGUUGGAAAAUCAAUUGAACGAAUUCUUGGGUAAAGGCAAAUGGGAAGUAAACCCUGGUGAUGGUGCUUUCUAUGGUCCAAAGAUCGAUAUUAUGAUCAGUGACGCCUUGAACAGAUCGUUCCAAUGUGCCACUAUACAAUUGGAUUUCCAAUUGCCUCAAAGAUUCGAGUUGGAAUUCAAGUCUGAAACCAACGAUAAGCAAAAUAGUGUUUCCAGACCAGUAAUGAUCCACAGAGCUAUUUUGGGUUCUAUUGAGAGAAUGACUGCCAUUUUGAUUGAACAUUUCAAGGGUAAAUGGCCAUUCUGGAUCUCUCCAAGACAAGUGUUGGUUGUGCCUGUCGGGGUUAAAUACAACGAAUAUGCCGAAUCUUUGAAAGAACAAUUAGUCAAGAAGUACGGGUUCUAUGCCGACGUGGAUGUCACCGGUAACACUUUGCAGAAGAAGGUGAGAACCGGGCAAUUGUACAAAUAUAACUUCAUUUUCAUUGUCGGUGAACAAGAACAGCAAGAGAAUAGUGUCAAUGUGAGAAACAGAGAUAUUCAAGAAGACCAAGGUAAGAACGAAACUGUUGCAUUCGAAACCGUCGUCAAGCAAUUGGCUGACUUAAGAGACGAAAAGAGAAGAGACAACAAGUUGGUGUAG